AUGGUAGCACUGGCACUGCUUCUGCUGCAUGCAGAGAUUCAAGCACAACCAAUACCGCAGGUUAUGACCAACAUUGAUGAAGUUGACAUUCAACUAGUAAACGGCAGCGCCCCCAACGAGGGCCGGGUGCUCAUUCGCUGGUCCCCAGAUUCUCCCUGGACCGCCGUGUGUAACAAUCCCUCCUUCAGCCACGCCAUCCCAUUCCAGAUGUGCAGGAGGCUCGGGUACCCGUUUGCCUGCGGCCAUGACUUCGCUGGUCCCCAUCGCACGGACAAUGCGUCGCUGGCCAACGUCACCAGCGAACGUCACCUGGUAUCCUGCGCCGCUGAUUUGGAUGACUGGACGUUUGGUGGAUGCAGUUUGCAUCCGAUUUCAAGUGUGGAUCCGAGUAUCGGACCGGCGCCGUGCAUCCAUGACAAUGAUAUGUGGCUGACAUGUGGAUAUUCAGGAAUGCCGGAUUUUCAACUGAGGCUGGUAGAGGGUGCGACAUACCCGUUGUCGAAUAAACUACUCCAGGGCCGUUGCGGAGCGGAGCACGAGUGGAGCGCCCUCUGCGGCAACAUAUUCCACAGACUCAAGCAGGGCCGCGUGGCCUGCCGGGAACUUGGCCACUCCGAUCAAGCAAUCAACACCGCACACGUCCCCCUGGAUGUGCUGGAGCCUGAACACAGACCCAACUACACGUUAUUUGUGGAUAUCGGCUGCGUCGGGAACGAGACGAGUCUAAGCGAGUGCCAUCACUACGCGCUCCGAGACUGCCAAUUCUACGUGACAUUGGAAUGCUUCACAGAAGUCGAUGAGUUUGAUGAGCCGGGAUAUCUAUGUGGCUCUAAGCAGGUAUGCGGUGAUCAAUGCAACCAGAUUCAUCCAAUCAGUGACUCGGGAGAUGACGUAUUCCACUACUGCCAGUGCGACGACGCUUGCAGCUUAUUCGACGACUGCUGUUACGACUACGAAGGGACGUGCAGUCCGGGGGCGCUAACCCUAGAAAGAGGAGAGUUUACCAUUGAAGACUUUGGCUGCGUGUGGCUACCGGGCAGUCAGUUCACUCACAUUGGUUAUGCACUCAUCGACCAUUGUCCAAUCACGUGGACGGACCCAGGAACACGCGACUUAUGCCACAGGCCCGUGGAUCUCAGAGAUGUGAUUGGCUCGCUACCGGUAUAUGACGAGCAAGGAGUGGAUUUCAAAAACAUCUACUGCGCCAUUUGUCACGGAAGGUCUUUGGACAAACUGAAACGGUGGGACGUUUCCGGAUCCGAUAACGACCGCGAUUCAACGGUACCACUGCUGUACCCAUCUCUCAAUCAAACCUUGCCAUCAAAAGGUUGGGUCAUCUCUCCUCCCCUGGGACACGAAGCCAUACGAAAGUGCCCUGCUCAUCUCACAGACAUCUGUUUUGAACAGUACAGAGGAACCCCAACAGACGCAGGGUGCCAAGCGUACUACGCGCCCGUCAAACUUGAAGACUCAAACAUCAGGUAUCGAAAUCCGCACUGCGCCAUGUGUAAUGGUAGGAACAUCGUUCCUGAUAACUCUUGCAGGGAUCAGGUUUGUUUGGAAGGGUGUGAUCCGUCGCCUUGGGGACCAUGCUGGGCUAUCUGCAGUCCCUACGACAGUUUCAUCACGAUCGAGGUUCUCUUUGACCUGUUCUCCUCUUCGUCGAUCGGUGGGAGAACUUGCUCGGGGGGUCAGAUCUACGAUCCAUUUCUUGAGAUCUGCCGCGUGCUCAUAUGCGCACCGGGAUACCGCAUCAGACAGAACGAGUGUGUUCCUGCACCAACAGGUCCCUCGAUAUUCGGAAACAGUUCAAACGUGUUGGUAGCCAUCUGCUUGUUGAACAAAUUUGCACAAAAUUCAACCGCUAAAAUGGUCGUCGAGAGGGGCAACAUUCACGCAACUUCUGACUCUACAAAUUCCACAUGGCAACUUGCGAUUUUUGUGAAUACGGUUGAUGAAGCUCUCGAAGUUGAGGGUGAUUUGGAGGACGCCAUUGGCGCCUUUCAGUAUGACUCUAAACUUGAAAUGCAGUUUAUUUGCAACGUGUCUUCGUUUUCAAUCUUCGUGCCGUUUUCGGUGAAUGCAUUUUGUGCUGAUUCUGUCGUAGACGGGAAGGGUAUCUUCCCUGAGUACAACGGGACAUUGCUGACCGUAACAGAGUACAAGUAUACUCCAGAAGAACAGCAGUACUUAAAAUUAAAUGCACCUCCUUCCUGUCUGAAAAUAUUUCACCUGAACUGCUCGUCUCUCCUGUCUUUGGACAACUCUGAAUACAAGAACCUUUCGGAUGACAUCAUCCAGAUUGUCGCAACCGGUUCAAGCCUAUCACCUGAGGAGUAUGUUCUCUUUCCCGACGGCACAGCGGUCGUUUGUUCCUUCCUAGGACCGCUGCCAGAGGGCUUGGAGCCGUACAUCCGCUGGGUGAUUUCCGUUAUCGCGAGCUGCCUGUCCUUAUUCGCUCUGGCCGCAACUUUCGUGACCUACUGCGUCUUUCCGGAACUUCGGAACACGCCUGGUAAGUCCAUUAUGAAUCUCGUGGCGGCGCUCUUCGUCGCCAUCUUGCUUUUCCUACUCUCGGGGAUACUCGCGCAGAACCAAGCCGCGUGUGAAUUCGGGGCAGUGGUGGCGCACUUCGCGUGGAUGGCUGCUUUCUUGUGGAUGACGAUGCUUGCUGUAGACGUCACCCGGACCCUAGCAUCGUUAGUGCCAAGAGGCACUGCCGGAUCCAGUCGGUCUUUCGCUGUGUACAUGGCUAUAAGCUGGGGCGUACCCUUCGUCAUAGUUAGCAUCUGUGUCAUCCUCCAGUACUGUAACUGCACCAGCCUUCCCAAGAUCUACGCAGAGGGCGCUGUUUGCUGGAUCACUGACGCCUCCGUCCGUCUGGUCGUGUUUUUGGUUCCGUGUUCCUUGUGUCUGCUCCUCAACUUGUUCAUGUUCGUCUUAACCGUUGUGAUUGUCCGUCGGAGCAGGCACGCUGCAAAAGCAGUCCGGAAGCAAGGGAAGAUGAAGGGAGUCAAAGCGGAAGUUGCUAUUUACGUAAAGGUAUCUGCUCUUGUUGGCGUGACCUGGGUGUUUAGCUUCCUGACUCAAUCAGUGACGGGCAUCGUAGUCUUCAACUACAUCUACAUCAUCCUCAACUACUUUCAGGGAGUCUUCAUCUUCAUCGCCUUCUGCCUCAACAAGAGGGUGCGGGGUUUGUGGAAGACGAAGCUGAGAGGACGGAAAGGAAUGCCCGCGAAGGGAACAGCAUCCCAUCCAAUAGAUGGCAGCAAACAUUCCAGCAUGACAGCAGCAUCGGUCAACGCGAAAACUGAGGACACUAAACUCUGAUUUAAACUUGAUAAAGCCCCAGCUGAAACUUGGUUGGGGUGCCAGUUGAAUAUAAUUUCUGUCCGAAAU